AUGGACGCCGACGACCCUUCCGCUGCCACCGCAUCCUCCUCCGACGACACCUUCUUCGACGCCCUUGACUCGCUCCCCUCCCCUUCGCCUUCGCCUUCGCCUCCCCCUUCCCCUUCCGCUCCCCCUCCCCACACCCCCUCCUCCUCCACACUCCGCCGCCGCCCGCGCCGCGCAAAAAGUCUAAAGCAGCCCGACUCCGUCCUCUCCCCUUCUCCCUCGGCCUCCGCAGCCACCUCCACCGUCACCGCCGUCGAGGACGAGCCUCUCAAGCCCGAUUCCUCCGAGGCCACCAGCGCCGCCCCCCGCACUGUCCCCGCAUCCGAGGUGGAGGAGGAGGAGGAAGAGGAGCACAAUAAGGCCACGGGUGCGGAUGCGGACGUUGAGGUUGAGGCGCGUGCUCCUACGCCGACGCCGACGCCGGCCCCGAGCAUACUCGAGUACCUCGCCGUGCUCGUUAUUAAGGCUGUGGUCUUCCAGGUCAGCGCGCUCAUCAGCUGCCUCGCGUUCCCGGUCCGGCUGCUGCAAUGGUGGUUCCUCUACGUGACCGACCCGCUCGGUCUGGCGCGGCGCGCGAGGGCGUGGGUGCUCGGUGUGGCUGGGGACGCCGCGGGCACUCUGAUCGCACGUCUUGGAGGGGAGGGUGUGCGGAAGGUGGCGCAGAGGAUUGUGUGGGGGUCGUUCUGGGCUGCAUAUGUCUGCGUGGUUCUGUGUGCAUUGCUGAUUAUGGCAUUCGUGGGAGAGGGUCUUUUGGUGGGAAGAAUUGUUGAAGAACCUGUUCAAGUGUCAGAGACCCUGAAUUUUGAUUACACAAAACCUAGCCCAAUGGCGUUUGUGCCGGUGCCGCGGUUGGUUCCCCCGAAUCAGCGGAUGCAGCUUGAGGUAUCGCUGACACUGCCAGAGUCUGAUUACAACCGGAGGCUUGGUGUUUUCCAGGUAUAUGUCCUGCAGGUUCUUGUGAAAGCAACUUUGCAUGAUAGUAAUUCCCUUUGGAAAAAGUCAUUUGUUACCAUGAAAAGAGUAAAGGCAGAGUUUCUCUCUGCUGAUGGCAAAGUGAUCUCAACUUCAAGUCAACCAUGCAUGCUCAAGUUCAAGAGCGUGCACAUGCACUUCAUAGAGACUUUUCUCCAAAGCGUUUCGUUUUUGUCUGGCUACUCAUCGGAAUCUCAGGUUAUUAGACUGAAGAUGAGGGGUAUCACCCAAGGUUUGGAACCAACAACUGCGGUAAGGAUAAUUCUAGAGCAAAGAGCAGAGCUUGGUCGUGGUGCAGGCAUCCCAGAGAUAUACGCUGCAUCACUAAAGCUUGAGGCUGAACUUCCUCUUUUCAAGAGAUUACUCUGGAACUGGAGAUGGACCCUUUUCGUUUGGAGCAGCAUGGGGUUCUUUGUUUUUGAAUUGUUGUUUGCACUUAGGUGCUGUAGACCUUGUAUAUUUCCCAGGAGUGGACAUAAUGUUGCUGCUCUUUAA